CUGCAGAAAACAGGAGAGGGAUAAGCUCACUUCUUUUUCGUGCGUUAAAGGUUGAGUGUCCUUUUGGGUUUUUUUUUUUUCACCUCUCUCUCUCUCUCUCUCUCCUACAAUUCUCACUCCCUCGAAUUUCGCUACGUUUCUUCCAACGAGGCGGCAGAAUCUCGGUGCACCGGCGGGAAUGGCUGCGUUACGACGUUUCUGAGAUUGAAUUCCGCGAUGGAAGCGGAAUAGCGGCGGAGUUGGGGGAAUACGGGCAGCACGUGUUGCUUAUGCCAUGUGAUUUGGUGAUCAGGAAAGAUCUUUCUGUCGGGAUUCCGGGCGCGGUGUUUUAGGGAUUCGAUUGCGGGAUUUCGAAGUUGCUUGAUCUGGAAAUCUCGUUUGUGGAAUUUGUGUGGCUAAACAUUAGUUCCUGACGCAAACAUUUGUGGUACUCUAGGCGAAUUGCUGAAUCAUGCUCGUUUCCGUCGAUCUUCUGAGAUUUUCACUUUUGAAGUCUCCGCCUGGUGAAUUAUGCUUCCUUUUUGCCAGUAGUUUUGGGCCUCUUCUGGACGCGAGAGUCUGCUUUUGAGCCCUAAUUUUGGUUAGGCACGGAAGAUAGAUCGACUUUCGUCUCCGCAGCAGGGAGGGCGGCGCGCGUUGCUGAGGUAUUUACUUUUUGCGUCAGUAAAGAGCAGCGAUUGGUCGCAUGGACAAGGGAUAGGCAAUAGGCAGUAGCAGGCAAAUUUUGAUGCUUCGCUUUUCCCGAAAUGGUAGAUGUUUAUUUUGGGUUCUGCGAUGACUAGUAGGUGGUGGCGUCUGGAGUUUCUUCGCAGUUAAUACUGUUUGUGAGUAACUAUUGAUUUAAAGGGUAAGCCUCCUCCUUAUGUACAGUUUCUCUUAAUUCAUGGAGUGAAAACUUCGUGGGUUAUAAAAUGGGAUAACCAAGCUCGAGAAAUCUGCUAUAUAUGUUUCUUCUUUAUCUUUGAAUUCUGGCUCAGAUUAUUGAACUAUUGAAAGGGAUUCUAGGGAAAUCUCAUGGCGCUUCCUUCAAAUCCCUCUGGCCGUGGGGUGCCUGGUUCAGCUUUCUGUGGGAAUCUCUUGUACAAAGAACUCUGGCAUGCUUGUGCAGGGCCUUUGGUUACAGUGCCUCGUCAAGGAGAGCGAGUCUAUUACUUUCCUCAAGGUCAUAUGGAACAGCUUGAAGCAUCCACACAGCAGGGACUUGACCAUCAAAUGCCGUUGUUUGACCUUCCUUCAAAAAUCCUAUGCAGAGUAGUUAAUGUUGAACUUCGAGCUGAGUCUGAUACUGAUGAAGUGUAUGCACAGAUUACUCUGCAACCUGAAACUGAUCAAAGUGAAGUCACCAGUCCAGACCCUCUGCUUCCCGAACCUGAAAGGUCUACAUUUCACUCCUUUUGUAAAACACUUACUGCUUCAGACACGAGCACUCAUGGAGGAUUCUCAGUUCUUAGGAGACAUGCAGAGGAAUGCUUGCCACCAUUGGAUAUGUCACAGCAUCCACCAUGGCAGGAGUUGGUUGCCAAAGAUCUUCAUGACAAUGAAUGGCAUUUCCGUCAUAUUUUUCGAGGUCAACCGAGGAGGCAUCUUCUGACUACUGGUUGGAGCAUAUUUGUUAGCUCAAAGAGAUUAGUAGCUGGUGAUGCAUUUAUUUUUCUAAGAGGUGACAAUGGUGAACUGGGAGUUGGUGUAAGGCGGCUUAUGAGGCAACCAAACAAUAUGCCAUCAUCUGUCAUUUCCAGUCAUAGCAUGCAUCUUGGAGUGCUAGCAACUGCAUCUCACGCUGUUUCCACUGGAGCUCUUUUUUCUGUGUUCUACAAACCAAGAGCUAGCUGUUCUGAGUUCAUCAUAAGCGUCAAUAAAUAUUUGGAAGCAAGAAGUCAAAUUCUAUCUGUUGGGAUGAGGUUUAAGAUGAGAUUUGAAGGUGACGAAGCUCCUGAACGGAGGUUUAGCGGUACUAUUAUUGGCGUAGCUGACAAGGCUUCAUCUAGAUGGUCAGAUUCAGAGUGGAGAUCACUAAAGGUCCAGUGGGAUGAACCUUCCUCUAUUCCACGACCAGACUGGGUUUCUCCAUGGGAAUUAGAGCCUCUAGUCGUAUCUACUUCUCCCACUUCUCAGCAACCAGUCAGAAAUAAACGGGCUCGUCCACCUGUCUCAACUUCAGCUGCACCAGAACUUCCUUCUUUGUAUGGUCUCUGGAAAUCUCAGCCUGAGGCCAAUCAAACAUUCUUAUAUUCAGGUUCUCACCGAGGGCAUGAACCGUAUGCUUCUUCGAGCUCUUUUCCUCUCUUCCCGCAGACACCAAAGCCUGGACGUGGACUUCUGGCAGCCAAUAACUCCAACCUGUUGUCAAUAAGGCCAGACCCUCAGUCAGCACCAUCGGAAAGGAAGUUGGAGGCCAGUGGUGGAUGCAUGCUCUUUGGAAUCCAAUUGGUUGAAGCAUCUCCCACCAUUGAGGAAACCUCUCCAUUGACCAUUGCUAGUGGCGUUAGAGAUGACCAUCUAACUAUGAUCCUCGAUACCGACUCCGAUCGACAAUCCCAGCCCUCCAACAUCAAUUAUUCAGAUGCACCUGUGGUUAGCAGUGACCAAAAAUCCUGCCUUAGAUCACAUAGUGAGACCCAAAGUCGGCAAACUCGAAGCUGCACCAAGGUGCAAAUGCAGGGAAUAGCUGUAGGAAGGGCAGUUGAUUUGACCAAACUGGAGGGUUAUGAGGACCUUCUCCAGAAGCUCGAAAUAAUGUUUAACAUCCAUGGAGAGCUGAUAGGAGACUCUAACAAAUGGAAGGUUGCGUACACGGAUGAUGAGGAUGACAUCAUGAUGGUUGGUGAUGAUCCCUGGCAUGAAUUCUGCUGCAUCGUUAGGAAGAUAUAUAUAUUUGCUCGUGAUAAAGCUAAGGGGCUCUCCCCGAAGAUCAGGCUUCCAGCCAUUGAUGAGGUCUCUAAGCCAGUGGUGCUCAGGCAAAAGCAGGGAUCGGAGUCAGAGUCUGCCCAAAAUGCCUCAGUUUGCUCUGAAGACCACCAUGAUGAGGACUAAAAGUGAAAGAAUAAGACUUCGUUUCGGACGGCUUUUUUACUGCUUCUUAAAACAGCUUUCUAGUACAAAAAUUUUAAUUUUUGUACAGAAAAGCUGCUUUAAGAAGCAGUAAAAAAGCCUGUCUCAAACGAAAUAUACCGGUUGAUGUCCUCUUGAUCCUAGAUGUCUCCACCUUUUUGGUUAUUACUUCUAUAGCGUUUUUAUUUGCUGAAAAGCAUUUUGUAGAGGAGUUGUGUCGUUAAUGAUGGGGCAUGUAGUGGGAAGCCACGGUUUGUGCCUCUGGGGUUUGUGAGUUGGCCGGCGUUCACUCUCGAAUAAGCUUACAGAGGGCAGAAGAUUAUAUACACGUUCCUUUUGUAUUUUUCUUUUUUAAAUUUUAUAGCUUGUUAGAUAGAUCUGUAGCAUGUAUUUCCCUUGAUAUAGGUUUAAGUAAAUGAAACAUAUUAGUAGAUGACAAAUCAAGUACUGCUGGGCUUCUCAUAUUUUAUUUUAUUAUUCGAUUAGUUUAAUUUCAAGAAUACUUAAUUAUUUGUUA